UCUAACGUGAUUGAGUGUCUUUCUGUAGCAGGUUCUGAGCCAGAGUUUGGAUAAGAGAAGCAGUCGGAUGACAUCAUGUUGUUAUGGCUGUUGCUUCCAAUCUGCUUCACUGCCAUUGGGCUGGUCGGCAUAGCGGCAGUGUGUGUUGUGGCUGUUUCCCAUGGGUCCGUCAACAUAACAGAGAGCUUUCCGCUCAUCAGCUAUUGCGGCAGCUACCAGCCCGAGAGUUGCAUCUUCUCCCAGAUAUGCAACAUCUGCUCGCUUUUAGGCAUGUUGAUUGUGGUGAUCCGCUAUCAGCAAAUCCAGGACUUGGACUGCCAUCCUAAAACCAACAUGGCCUGCCUGGCUCUGGGGCUAACCUCCUCGUCAGGGAUCUCCCUCAUGGGCAACUUCCAGCAUUCGGCUUUGAUGGUGCUGCACUUCUUCGGGAUGUUCCUGGCGUUCAUCCCAGGCCUGGUCUACUUCGCGCUCCAGCUGUGGCAGAUGUACCACAGCGCUCCCUGCCACCACAAGCACUGGCUGGGGCCGCUCCGGGUGGCAUGCUGCUCGGCCUGCACCGUCCUGCUCUUCACUGCGAUGGUGCUUUUCGGUGUGGACCACAUCCCCGGUGCGGUUGCGUGCGAGGGCCUCGUGGUGACGCUGUUUUUCUGUCAGUUUGGCCUCUUGGCUGUCGACUUCAAACAAAUCGACAGCCUCAAGCUCAGCCUUUCGAAAUAAAUAUGAGUAUAUCAUAUUUGAAUCUGACAAGAAGUAGCCGUUGUUUCCAAUACAAGCUGAAGAUUAAAAAUGUAAAGGAGUUUUGAGGGGAAGAAGCUGCAGAAGUUAUUAAGGGCCAAAAAAAUAGGUAAUAAGUGAAUACAUAAAAAAUUAUAACCAGCACACCAAUACAUAAUGAUAUAAAGACAAAGGAGAAAACCUAACAUUUUGUAAAAAGUAAGUUUAUUUAUUUUUUUACUUUUUUACUUGCCAAA